AUGCGGUUCCUUCGCUACGACAGUGUCGCCUUCCUAUGCCCACUCGUGACAUUGCUCUUGCCUUUUCUGGCGGAGGCUAAGACGGUUAGCUACGACUUCAAUGUCACCUGGGUCAACGCAAAUCCAGACGGGCUAUUUGAAAGAAAGGUCGUUGGCAUCAAUGGACAAUGGCCACUCCCAAUCAUCGAAGUCGACAAAGGCGACCAGCUCAUUGUCAAUAUGUACAACGGGCUUGAUGACGGCCAUAGCACAUCAAUUCACUUCCAUGGCAUGUUCCAGAAUGGUACCAAUGAGAUGGACGGCCCGUCGAUGGUCACUCAGUGCCCGGUCCCACCUGGAUCGAGCAUCACAUACAAUUUCACGGUAAACCAAAACGGCACAUAUUGGUAUCACUGUCACACAGACUAUUGUUAUCCCGACGGUUAUCGUCAAGCACUCAUCGUCCAUGACAAGGAUGCUUACUUUACUGAUUCGUACAAGGAAGAACUUGUCAUCACAUUGUCCGACUGGUACCAUGACAUGAUGGAUAAACUCAAAGAGUCGUUCAUGUCGGUAUUCAACCCAACUGGCGCUGAGCCAGUGCCGAAUUCUUUCCUGCUCAAUGACAAAAUGAACACAAGCUUUGCCGUUGAGCCCAACACUACAUACUUAAUCCGUCUCAUCAACCAUGGUGCAUUCGUUGGCCAGUACUUUUAUAUUGAGGAUCACACGUUUCAGAUCGUGGAAGUAGAUGGCGUCUACACAGAGCCUACCGAGGCGUCCAUGGUUUACAUAUCCGUAGCCCAAAGGUAUUCUAUCUUGCUCACAACCAAGAACUCAACCGACAAGAACUAUGCUAUCGUCACAGUGGCAGACUCAUCGCUACUCGACGUGAUAUCUCCUGAUUUACAGCUGAACAACACGAACUGGCUUGAAUAUAACAGCUCAGCGCCACAUGAACAAGCCGUGAUGAACGUGACGGAUAGCACACAGCUGGCGCCCUACGAUGACUUCGACCUCAUUCCGUACGACCGCACGCCUCUUCUGCCUGAGCCAGACCACGAGAUUGACGUAACAGUCAUCAUGCAAAACCUUGACAACGGCGAUGGCUAUGCUUUUCUGAACAACAUUUCAUUCACUGCACCCAAGGUGCCCACACUGUAUACCGUUCUCAGUUCAGGAGAAUCGGCGAACAAUGAAGGGAUAUAUGGUGAUUUCACACAUUCAAUUGUGCUUCAACACAAUGAGAUCGUGCAAGUCGUGGUUAAUAACGCUGACACCGGCUCACAUCCUUUUCACCUUCACGGCCAUAAUUUCCAAGUUAUUGUCCGCAACCCACCACUUGGCCCGCACUUCUUCGACUUUGCUGACGGAGAUCCUGUCCCAUACGAUCCAUCGAAUCAUUCAGCCUUUCCGGCCUUCCCUAUUCGCCGUGACGUGAUGGUGCUACCUCCUCAAGGCCACUACGUGAUCCGGUUUGUCGCUGAUAAUCCUGGCGUCUGGCUUUUCCACUGUCACAUUGACUGGCAUCUAUCACAAGGCCUGGCGAUGGUCAUGAUCGAGGCUCCGAUGCAGAUGCAGGAGCGCCUGUCUAUACCUGAGGAUCAUCUUGCCGUAUGCGCCGCUGCUGGGGUGGCAACUAAGGGUAAUGCUGCGGCCAACACAGAAGAUCUGUUUGACCUGUCAGGUCAGAACAAGCAGCCCGGCUGGAUUCCGGGCGGUUUCACCGCGCGCGGUAUUGUGGCUAUGGUAUUCUCGUGUACAUCCGCCAUUCUGGGUAUUGCUAGUCUGGUGGUGUAUGGCCUGUCGGACAGACGUCAUGUGUCUGUCGUGCCAAUGACCAAUCCACAGAUCCAGGAACCUUACCAUGACGAGCAGAAUGAAGUGGUGGAGAUUGUUCGUAAUGAUGUUGCAACAAGUCAGAAACAGACCUAG